CGCCCGCCGCCGCCGCACUCGUCGCUGCUUCUGCUUCUGCUUCCUCCACCGCGCUUCCGCUGCUUUCUCCCUCUCCCCCGCCGCAUCGCGUUUCCCAAACGCGCUACCAUGGGUCACUCCGCCGCCGCCGCCGCCGCCACUCUCGGCCUCACGAAACCCGCUACGAUCGAGCCCCCUCAGAUCACAUUUUCUGCUAAGGACAUUGAUUUUGCCCAAUGGAAAGGAGACGUGCUUGCGGUGGCCGUCUCAGAGAAAGACAUGUCGAAGGACUCGGAUUCGAAUUUCGAGAACCCGAUCUUGAAAAAAUUGAACAAGCAGCUUAAUGGUCUGUUGUCGGAAGCUUCUAGUGAGGAAGAUUUUACUGGUAAAGCCGGGCAGACUAGUGUUCUCCGGCUACCGGGCUUGGGUUUCAAGAGAUUAGGUCUAGUUGGUCUCGGGCAAAACUCUCCCUCCAAUACAAGCGCUUAUCGAGGCAUUGGUGAGGCUGUUGCGGCAGUAGCAAAGAUUGCCCAAGCAGGCAGUGCUGCUAUUCUUCUCGCUUCUUCCAAUGCAAUCCCCGAGGAAUCCAAGCCAAACGCCCUUUUGGCAAUAGCCUCAGGUAUUUUGUGUUACAUCAGUUGUGAUGUACUCAUGUACAGGGCCUGUUUGGCCCAGCUGGGGCUUCUGGAGAAGUUUUACAAUUUGGAAAGGGUUGUUAUCGGUCGAAAGAAAAGUGUAGUGGUGGACCUCCGAAUAUUGUGUUUACCUAUUUUGCUCCUCCCAAGCGUCUACGACGUCGUUGUGGGUUCAUACUUGGGUAGAAAUCGAGGAACUGAAAAGAUUAAGAAUCCUUGUUUGACAGAUGUGACACUUAAUAUUACUGCUGCUAGACUGGUGUACUUACCAUCUACACCUUUGAUUGAUUUUUCACCAAAAAGCCUCUUUAAUUAUCUUCUUUUGUUGGUUCAGGUCAAUAAUACUGAUGCAGAGGGAAGGCUUACACUUGCUGAUGCUUUGGUUUACACAUGUAAACAAGGUGUUGAAAAGGUAGUUGAUCUGGCUACCUUGACUGGUGCUUGUAUAGUUGCUCUUGGGCCCAGUAUUGCAGGGUUUUUCACCCCUAGCGACGACUUAGCGAAGGAGAUUGGAUCAGCAUCAGAGAUCACAGGAGAGAAGUUCUGGAGGCUGCCGCUGGAGGAAAGCUAUUGGGAGUCGAUGAAAUCGGGUGUGGCUGAUAUGGUGAACACUGGAGGACGCCAAGGUGGUGCUAUCACUGCUGCACUUUUCUUGAAACAGUUUGUCGAUGAGAAGGUCCAGUGGAUGCACAUUGAUAUGGCAGGGCCCGUAUGGAACGAUAAGAAGCGCGCUGCCACCGGGUUUGGAGUGUCAACCUUGGUAGAAUGGGUGCUGAAAAAUUCUUCUUAAGUCUCGCCGAGGAUUCAGCAACUGAGGCAACACCUUUGAGAGGUUAAAAGUCGGCAUGGUAAUAAUGAAUUUGCUUUUUCGUUAAAUCAAAUCAGAGCAGUCAUAGGAGAAAGCAUGAUGUUGUUCAGCUGUUUUUCUUAAAAUAAUGGCAUAAUCUGUUUAACUCGCACUUUUUAGCAUUGUUUCGUGCUUUUUUAAUGCGAACUUGUCGUGUUAAAUUAUGUUCAAACCUUUCCUGUUCUGUUAGCUAUCCAUUUGGUAAUAAUAUCAGUUAUUAUCGCUGUUAUUAAGA